GGCAGGUGAGCGGGAGGCGCCUCCUGCAGCCGCCGAUGCCAAGCGCCCUCUCGGCAGGCGGGCGGGCGGUCUGGCUCGGGGCGCGGCGCGGCGGCUUCCGCGGCAGCUCCAGAUCUGUACUCCUCAGUGGCACCUGUGUGUAGCAUGGAGGAUUUGGCUGCCCCCGCAGCCAGUUCAAUGGGCUUCACCUACAUGGUGGCUGCCUCGCAGACCCUGGGCCUGGCUGUGAUCCUGAUGACGGGGGCCUGGAUGGGCGUGUAUCGUGGAGGCAUCGCUUGGGAGAACUCAAACCUGCAGCUUAACGUCCACCCGCUGUGCAUGAUUGUUGGAAUGGUGUUUUUGCAAGGAGAUGCCCUCCUGGUUUAUCGCAUUUUCAGGAAUGAGAGCAAGCGUUCUACCAAGAUCCUACAUGGCUUCCUCCAUGCCCUGGCGCUGGUCAUUGCCCUGGUUGGUCUGAUUGCUGUGUUUGAAUACCACAAGAAGAAAGGCUAUUCAAAUAUGUACAGCCUCCAUAGCUGGUGUGGAAUCGCUGCUUUUAGUUUCUACUUGCUACAGCUGCUGUGUGAGUGCAGAGAAGGUGUGGCAGGUUUGGGGAACCCCAGCUCGACAAAUAAUGUCGCCUUGAGACUUUUGCAAUCUGCGCUCAUUAGAAAAAGGGCUGCUGUUUCGGAGUGGCUGCUCGGACUGGUCUUCUUCCUCUGCCCUGGAGUUUCAUUCUCGCUUCGCAGCAGAUACAAACCACUGCAUGUGUUUUUUGGGGUCUCCCUCCUCAUCCUUUCUAUCACCACAACGCUGCUGGGAAUCCUGGAAAUGCUGCUGUUCAAGAUAAGUGACAGCUACAGUUCAUUCGUCCCCGAAGGCGUUUUAGCCAAUAUCUUGGGCCUGUUGCUGGUGGCCUUCGGGGCAGCUCUGGCCUACAUCCUGACCCGGGAUGAGUGGCGAAGAUCCCCCUUGGCUGAGGAGCUGGCACUUUCCAUGGAUUUCAAAACCCUCACGGAAGGAGAGAGCCCAGCAGGCUCCCACUGAGGCUACCUCCACGCCCUUGGCCCGGCACUGAGAAGCAGAAGCUGUGGCUCUGUGGGAGUGUGUACGCUGUCCCUUGCGGUGUGGCCUGUGAUUGCUGCCUUCCCAGUUUCCCAGGUGUAAACAACCCCCUCCUUGACAUCUACAUAGCACUCCUACCCUUAGAUGCUCUCUCAGUAAGGAGUAGGAUGGGUCUAAUUCAGAAGCUGUGCAAGGGGGUCGUAACUGCUUUUACUGGUGCUUUUGUGACUCUGGAUUCUGUGCUGUGUUCCCAGUGAGAUGAAAGGGUCGUGGCAAUUAUUCUGGUGGCUCCCGUUCUGUCUCUCUCUCUUUUUGUCAAUUGUGCUUUGAGUGUAAAUCAUUAUCAGUCAGUUUGCAAGAGUAUCUCUGCUCAGUCCUAGAGAGGAAUUGAUAGGAUCAAAAAGUGGUUCUGGAAGGGAGAAUGUAGCAAGCUCAGUGUAGUUGGAAGCCAUGCUGCUUGUGCAAGAGUGGUCUAUAAAAUUAAAUUAAUUCUGAAUGCCUUUGGACUCUCCUCCCAGAGCUUAUCGAAUGACUUUGAGGAAUGCUGGUUCCUUGCGGAGUGUCUCCACGUAUUUUCACAGUGAGCAGAGUGUUGCCUUCCUUACUCUUUGACAGAGAUUUGACUGAUGCUUUGCACUUUCUGAUUUCAUUCCCUGAGAGCUGCAUGGGACUUUUAAGUAGAGGUUUUAAAAAAAAGAUUCAUUUGCUUUGCCUGUGCAAGUUAAAUCUCUAUUUUUCAUUGGAGGAGGGGGCAAUAUAUACCCAUAUUAAACUUCCUAGAAGAUUUUAGAUGAAAAAGGGGACAUGAAAUUUUCCUUCUGAAUUUAUGCUACGGGAUUCUUUCCUAUGCCUGGUAGAUUAUUGAAUGACAGUUUGCUAAGUAGGGAGGGAUGCUUUGAAACACUACAAAUAUGCUGUAUAAAUGUUAAUUGUGCUUGUACAUAUACAUAUUUAUUUUCCACUAAUUCCUUGAGAAUAUUUAUUUGUUUUUUGAAAAUGCCAGAUAGUUCUGUUUAAUAAAACACCAAACUAAGUAUUUCCAGAAUGCAAAUCUGGUUCUGGCUGGGAUCUCUUGUCCUGUUGGGCUGAGUGGUUUUUCAAUAAAUCUUUGCAGCA